GCACUUUUUGACGUUUCACGGUAUGCACUAGUAGGAAAAAUCGAUUUCUAUCCAACUAGAAGCAAGUGUGCAUAACAUGUUGUCACGAAAGUGAGCUUAUUCUAGUCCCAUUGAGGUGUAAAUAUGUAAAAAAGAGUAGUUUCAAUGAUAUCACACGAAGUUAAGUAUUAUGUAGAUAGCGGGAAAAAAUCUGGAAAGGCUAAAGAAAGCGGUGAAAUGGCACUGAAAACGGGUAGUUUCGAUUUUGAGGAGCAUAUGGAAAAAUACGAUUUAGAGAACUCUGCCAUCCAUCGGAAGCUGCAGAGCAAAGUGGAAGCGCUGCAAAUCAUGCGAAACGAGCUCGAAAAGUAUCGCUCCGAGCGGGAUCAGUUCAAGCUGAUGGCGGAAACUCUUCAGAUGCGAUACUCGGCCAUCAAGAGCAGUCUCAACUCAACCGAACUGCAAGCCGCGGGAUUCGGUCACGGGUCCGCCGUCAGUCUAAUCGUCAACCAAACCCGCGAACGGAACCUAUCCCUCACGACCGAGGUGGAGGCACUCCGGCAGCGGGUUCACGAGCUCGAAGGUGACAUCAAAGUGCUGCGGACGAAAAACUCCGACCUGAAAGCCAACUGCCGCAAACUCAAAUCAUCCGAGCAGGUCAAGCUCAACGCCAACGGAGACAUCCUGUGGCAGGAGGAAAAGUCCAAACUGAUCGCGCAGAUGGAAGGCAUCAAGAAGAAGAACGCCCAACUGCAGUACGACUUCCGGUCCCUGCUGGAUGAGAAGGAAGAGGUCGUCAUGGAACGGGAUGCGUACAAGUGCAAAGCCCACCGGCUAAACCACGAGCUGAGCAUUGUACUGAAAGGGGACAAGUCCCAGCGGGCGAUACUCGACGUUGAUGGGCUGAUUUUGGAGAACAAACAUCAGCUGGAAAAGAUCGCGAAUCUGGAGAACGAGCUGGCGCUGGCGAAACAGUCUGCUGCAAAGUAUAAGACCAUGCUGGACACCAAACGCAAGAAAGGAAUAAUUAAGCUUGGAAAUAACAACAACCAGAUGAUCAUGUCGCACACGCAAGUAAAAGAACUUUUGCAGCGCGGCACCGUCGAAGAAUUGCCACUGAAGGCGGCCACCAUAUCGGAGCUCAAAUCUCGCUGCCUGGCUCUGCUGGACAAUGUCAACGACAAAAGUCUCGCGCUAUCCCACCAGAAACGAACCAACAAGCUAUUGGCUGCGAAAAUUUCCGAACUGGAGCAGCGAAUUCAGGUUCUAACUGGUUCUAAUGGGGCGGCCCUGUCAUGCCUGUCGCCUUCGCAGAUCUUACUAAAUGGCUAUUCCUCGGCUACCGUUGACCUAGAUCUUAGCGAGGAAAUUAAGAAACUCAAGGCCUCGAGUCAGUCCGAGAUGUCCGACAGUGGUGGAGGACGAGCAAGAUUGGCAGCCAGAACCAACGGAGUAGGUCACUGCCUUGAGGGUACCAGUUCCAACACAUCGCAGGGCCUUCCAACGGAGCUUCUCUCGUCCGAGUCGAACAAAAGUCUACCGAGCUGCUCCGAACUUGGUGACCCUGACUUUGGCAAUGAGUCUUCUUCCGACUUUACGUCCAAUGUCGAGGAGACCGGUGGCAUUCUGCUGGAGCCGUACAUUAACGCCGACCGGAAUCUGAGGACCGACGGCGAGUCGACGCUUCCCGAACUGCCGCCCGAAAUUGCUGAGCUGGUCCGGCAAUUGUCCAAGAGCAUCGAUGACGGCGGCGAUGGUGCUAAUUGAAGACGGAACGAAAUGAUUAACACUUUGAGCAGCUUUUUAGCACUUUUAAUCAUGCAGAAAGGUGCUAGGCGCGUUACAUGUUUUGGACGGGCAUACAAACAACUGUAUAGUUGGUCUUGAUCACAUAUUAUUUGAACACAAUUUUAUGAUGAUCGAACAAUAUUUCCGCGUGGCACACACAAAUCUGGAGUUUUUUUUAAAGGGUCCAAUAAACCAAAUUUUCAGUUUUUGCUUUU